GUUCACCUCACCCUUUAUAUUUUAAGAGAAGAAGAGACUGGUUUCCUUAGCAAGGGAAUCCAAAGUUUACUGAUGUAUCACCGUGGCCUUUCCUUCCCUUGUUCAAAGACGACGCCUGCGUACUCCGGACAUAAAAAAAAUCGAGCCGCCUUUUUUUGUCCCCGCCACAGCAGGGUCGGGCGGACGUCGACUCACAAUCUACCCCGACUUAAUCUGCCUGGCCCUUUGAAUUGCCUCCGUGGCAAAAUGGAGACCUUCCAAUGCAUGGAAAACGAUUCUCCACUUCUGCUGCCUUCUCUCCGCCUCUUCAUCCCGCCACUGCGCCUGGUGUCGGCCGCCAUGUGGCAAGUGCUGCAGCGGGGGGACGUGCAGGACUACGGGAUGGUGGAGGAGUUUGUUAGCACAGUGACGGACAUUCUGCCAGAACUUCUUAGCCUGGAUCAGAAGGCUCAGCUGCUGUUGGGCCUCAAAGCACGGGUGGUUCUUGAAAUGUGUCGAGCUGAAGCGGAACCGGAGAUGGAGACCGUUGAGAUGCAUUUGACCCAAAUCAGAAGUCUUAUAUCUUCUUGGGCAGCACACCCAUACUUAGCAGAGGUCCAGUUUCCAGAAUCAAACUUUGUGGACCAGAUCGAGCUGCUGUUGAAAGACCCUGAAGAGAGGGGCAGAUUUUUCCAGGACGUUUUCCCCACCGCUUUUGGACCUGAUUUUAACAGCGCUCUUCAGGUGCUGAUGCUGGACUUCCUGUCCAGACUGGAGAAGUUUCUACCAGUACCAGAUAUUCAGCAGACGGCCGCCAUGCUCAGUGCUGCCCCUUCUGCCCUGGAGGAAUGCGUUCACUCCGUUCCUGACCUGCAUCACCUGAAAGCGGUCCUCCAGCACCACACCACGCUUGGACAUUACGAUUUAACCGAUGACACUCAGACCAUUCCACCCUCCUUUGGGAACUGCAUCCUGUCCUCGCUGUCCCUCCCGCAGCUGGAGAAGGUGGUCAUCGACGGCGAGCAAAUCCAGCUGCAGCCCGAGCAGAUGUCAGGCUUUAUGACCGUUCAGGUGGAGGGCGAGACAGUCACUCUGCUGGACUACAUACACAUCGAACAGACGCCUGCUUUGAUGGAGCCCGCCCCUCAAGACGAGUCCCUGAACGAUGAUGCGGAGGAGGAGGGUGACGCUGGCGGUGCAGAAAGCGAGGAAGCGGAUGGCGACGACUCGUUGAAGCCGGCCGCUUUUCGGCCGCUAAAACAGAGCAAGCGACUGGAGCUGAAGAGAAGAGCGACGACAGAAAAGGACGGCGACUCGGGGGCAGCCAAAGGGCAGAGAAAGAAGCACCCCGGGAACAAGACGUGUCCCGUGUGCGGCAAGAACUUCCUGAGAGCUGCGGCCAUGCGGCGACACCAGGAGACGCACUCCGAGAACCGGGACUUGAGGCACAAGUGCGCCCACUGUGACAAGCGCUUCAGGGACCAGUACGACAUGAACCGCCACAACAUGCGCGUCCAUGAGAGGGAGGACACCAACUCCAACACUGACGACACGGCUGACGCCAGCUCUCUGGAGACACUGGACAACAAAAACUGUUCCCUAUGCGGGAAGUUCUUUGCUCGACAGAUGGACAUGGAGCGGCACAUGAAGUCGCACUCGGAGGACCGCCCCUACAAGUGCUUAUUCUGCGAGAAAAGGUUCAAAAACCCGUAUGUCCUCAAGAGACAUCAGAAGGAGAUCUGUAAGAGCAAGGACCUGACGAGGUCCAUCGCUGAGGUGAACAAGUCUGAUGAACAGCAGCCCGACCCGCUGCUGCUGCUGUCCUUGGAGGGCUUUCCUGAAGGUAAAGUGUGUCCCAUCUGCAGCAGGACGCUGCCCUGCAGCGCAGACAUAGCCAAACACCUUCGCUCUCACACCGAGGAGCGCCCCUUCAUCUGCGUCACUUGCGACAAGGGCUUUAAGUACCGCGACACGCUCAAGAAGCACCAGAUCAUCCACGGACACGAGGGCAUCCGUGAGGAGGCCAGCAAGAGCGUGGAGCAGAUCCUGGCUGAAGCAGACACGCAGACCUGCAGCCAGAUCCAGAAGAACCUGGAAGGAGCCCACAGGGAGGCUCAAGGAGCCCAUGCGGCUGAGGAGCCUACACGGAAGCCUCCCUCUCAAAGGACGUGCGGCAAAGGCCUCAAAGUGUGUCCCGUGUGCUCCAGGGCCUUCGACAAUGUCAAGACGCUCAACCGCCACAUUCAGUGCCACACGGAGGAGCGGCCAUACCACUGCGUGCACUGCAAGAAGCGCUUCAAGCACAUGCACGGCCUCAAGAGACACCAGAUUUACGCCAUCUGCCACAAGAAAAUGUCCCGCUUUCCCUGGAAGAAGGAGGUCACGGCCGGGCCCAGCCAGAGUGACGGCCAGCAGGCCCCGCCCCUUCAGAUCCCCGUGUGGUGCUCCAACUGCGGGAAACACUUUGAGUUCUUGAGUGCUCUGAAGGAGCACCAGGAGAACGUCUGCAAGGUGGACCUGAGGGACGUCUUGACGUGUGUCGACUGCGGGAAGGAGUUCAAGAGCGUGACCAUGCUGAAGGUGCACCAGAGGAUCCACGACCCGCUCUACUGCAAAGAGUGUGGCAAGAUCCUCGCCAGCGAGGCGGCCUUUGAAAGGCACAAGCUGAUGCACCGGCCCAUGGCGUGCACCAUGUGCGACAAGACCUUCACACUGCUCAGACGCCUCAGGGAGCACUACGAGAAGCAGCACGCCUUCACCGGGCCGUAUCCCUGCUCGCAGUGCGACAAGAGCUUCGUGCAGCUCUCCUACCUCGCCAUACACCAAAGGAUCCACAAGGGGGAGUUUCCCUUCACCUGCGACAUGUGCCCCGAGAAGUUCCGUUCAUCCAACUGCCUGACGGUCCACCAGCGCAAGCACACUGGCGAGAAGCCCUUCCUGUGCUGGCAGUGCGGCAAGUGCUACCGCUCGGCCUCUGAGCUCACCGUGCAUAUGGGCACGCACUCGGAGGAGCGGCCGUGGGCGUGCGCGCAGUGUGACAUGGCGUACCGCACCAAGCUGCAGCUCACCAACCACGUGGAGCAGGUGCACAUCGGCGUGCGGUACCCCUGCAACAGCUGCGGCAAGCAGUUCAUGAAGGAGACCUCCCUCAAGCGUCACGAGCUCAUCCACACCGGCGAGCGGCCGCACCAGUGCACCGUGUGCGGGAAGACCUUCCUGACCGCCAACGAGCUCCGCCUCCACAACCGCUACCACACGGGCGAGCGACCGUACAAGUGCGAUGUGUGCGGGAAGGCCUUCAUCCAGUCGGGAUACCUGAAGUCGCACAUGCGCAUCCACACGGGAGAGAAGCCCUUCAAAUGCGACGUGUGCAACAAAGAGUUCCGACUGUCGUACCACAUGAAAAAGCACCGCCGCACGCACGCUGGGAAAGCCAAGAGCUACACGUGCGAGGAGUGCGGCAUAGCCUUCCACCAUAAAAAGUCCCUGUGGGAACACUCCAUCACACAUGAGGUCAAGCUGGAGCAAUCCUUGGCUGAAGUCAGGAUUGAGUUUCAGUAGAACCCAUCGUCAGCCCCUGUUGUUUACCUUUGAUGCCUUACGGUUGACUUCUAUUCUUUCUGCUCCACUACUUGCCGGAAUAGCUUUUUGCAAAUAAAUCACAUGUGGAUUUGUUUCUUGUUGCAGUUUUGUUGUAAUCAACUGGAAAAUACAAACUAUACCGCAAUUUUUACAAUAAACUUCAACGCAGCGCUCAUUUAAAUG